UCAUAUUGAUUGCAUGUUUGAUUGGACUGUAUAUCUUGAGGAAUUUUAGGCUAAAAAUCUAAACUACCUUUUAAUUUCCUUUAAAUAUCGUGUAACGAUAUGUAGCAUCAAAACACGUUUAACUUGGAUUGGACGGUCCGGCAUGCACCACACAUCGCACUCCCGUCCCGUGGCUUUCUCGGGGCGCUUAUUUGGACCAUCGAUGCAUAGCCUAGCGAGACUACUUACGUUACGCUGGCUCCAUCUGCAUGGCCGUUGGCGUUACUUUCUGUAGCUGAAGUCUGGACCAUAAUUCAAGAAAACUCUGCCAAAACUGGAUUUCACGGAUAUCUACUAUCUUGGAUUAUCAAUCACAUAAGUGGAUCAUAAAUAAAGUGUUAACAGAAUUUGAGAAUAACUGGUAAAACAGUGAGGUUCGAUUUGUUCGCAUAACCCUGGACGUCGUGCCGUGGUGUAUAUGGUAUGCAGUCAAUGGUGGUGGGCGCUAUUUUUUUGUAGCGCCGAUCUUUGAGCUGCAUCUUGUGUAUCCGCACAAUACCCAAUACAUAGAGAUCGAGAGAGCAUGUAUUUUGUAUUUUGACACAAACGUAUUGAGUGGGAUGGCAGGCACAUUUGUAAAUGAGUGAACAACCUAAGAUGUUAAGCCACCAUGAGUUUGGAAGUGUAUAGGUUCUUAGCUGAUAGUGGAGGGAGUCAGCUUUCGGAACGACCUCCAGUACCUGGAGAAGAGACUGAGGAUAGAGGUAGUGUAUCAUCAAGUGUUAAAAGUGGGAAGCAAAGUGACCAGUCAGCAGGUACUCCAAGACGGUCAAAUUUGAAGGAUGCCGCUAUUAAAGGAGGAAUGUUGGAAGGGGCACCACUUGGUUUCGAACCAGAAGGUUCGGCAUCUGUGACGCCGCCGUACACAAGAUGGACAGAGUCCUUGCAUGCAUUGCUUUCGGACGAGGAUGGGAUUCAGCUUUUCAAACACUAUCUUAUUCAGGAAGGUGCAGAGAACCCUCUGCUAUUCUGGCUUGCCACGCAAGGAUUCAAGAAGAAGUCUGAUAGUGAUCCUGUCAGAACUGAUCUUGCAAAACUAAUUUAUAGAAGAUUUAUCAAGAAAGAUGGACAACAGGUCGUAAGACUGCAUGGCUCAACAAGGAAUCAUGUAGCGGAGUCAAUAAGAACUAACAAAGUAGACAGUAAUUUGUUUGAUGCAUCGCAGAUGGAAGUAGAGGAGUACAUGCGGGAGACAUCCUAUCCAAUGUUCCUCAAGUCAGAUGUUUAUGUGCAAUAUGUGAAUAAUGGUGGGGUUAGUCCUAAGAGUUCUGAAGGAUGCUCCAGUAAUGGUAGUAAUGGUCAUCCUGCACAGGCAGGAUACCUCCCAACUUUGCCCGAGGAUUCUGAACUUUCAGACCUUCCACAAGCAGGAUCUCUCACAGCAGAUCUCUUGUUGAGGAGUAGUCAUCACAGGCAUAAUACAGACAGAUAUCAGGACAGAUUAUACCCUGGAUUAUUAGGUAGUCAGAAUCCAUAUCACCCAGGCUGCGCAGCCAUAGCACCUGCUACAUCAAAUAAUGAUUCAGAAUUACAGUCUCUCAGCAGUGAUGCUAUAUCAGAUGACACCAUGUCUCUAACAGACUCCAGUGUGGAUGGUUUUCCAGUAAGGUCGAGGCAGCAACAAAAGAGGAGACAGAAGCGAAAUAUGAAAUACAAUAUCAGACAGAAUGGAAAAGUAAUGACACAUCUUCCUUGUCCGCGUGCUCAUCCUAGAGAACUACCACCAACAGACCCGGUUGAAUUUGCAAAGAAAUUAACUGAGAAGUUAGAGAAGGUCCUUGCAGAAAGGGAAGCUAAAGAAAGACUUGCUGCCAAAUUACGCAAAGUUGAGGAAGAGGAACAUGAUUGUAAAACACCAGCAUCAACAACUAUGAGAGCUCCUGGCAACCAAAUAUUCCCCGUCCAUGAUUUUGUGGAGGAUGACCCUAAUAGUAUUCUGGAGGACCAUAUGUCUAGGGUGUUCAGAGACUCAAACCGGCAUACGCCGCGUUCCCAGUCACCCGAUCAUCAUAGGAAUAAAAUGCCGCCCUCUAUGGCCAACGUGCCCCAGGUCUCGUUGCAUCCAAAACAGAUCACAUCCCACCCACAUCAUAGUAGACAUCACAUGUCAAAAUCCCAGAAAGAACUCAUAGUGCCACCCAAUAUGGCCAGCGUUGGUUUGGCAGAGACACCGUAUAUGACAUAUAUUGAGGAUACGGUGAGACAUAAAAAGCGAAGUAGCAAAAAGUCUGACAUUUCAUCUAUUUCGAAAACAACAGACAGUGGAAUUUAUGAAGGACCACCAUCAUUGCCAUCAGAUUCAGAAAAUUCCAUGAAACGUGUUGCUGAUUGGAUCCGAGAGGGUGAUGAACAGCCUGAUCCAAGGUUAGCAACUCAACCUAUGCAUCAUAAACAGAGACAUCGAAUGCAUCCUGAGCAUAACAAUACUAUGACAAUGUCAACAAUGUCAAAGAAGCCAGUCCAAUAUAACACAUCCCGACCCAACUCAAUGGAGCGUGAAAGGACACAUACACCAACCACUAACCUGGCAAAGAGAAGUUCACCUCACCUUCCUAAGCAACCUUUCAUCCAGGAUCCUAAGAUGCCUCUGAUGCAACCACCAGAACCAUUGACAGUCUUGGAAGAAGCUAGAAGAAGGAUUGAUAUGUCUAGUAGACAGCAAAGAAUGAUCAGUAAAACCAGUGAUCCUCGUAAGGAGAAGAGGCCUGGUAUGAUGCCUACCAUGCCGUCAUCAUCAAUGUCAGGUCAGACGAGAUCGACGAUGCCCACAAGUAUCUCUGAUAACCAGAUAUAUCCGGGUCUCUCUAGACCUCCUACAACUGGAGGGAAGCGGCCCACCUCUUCGUCUUCCUCCAGUAAAAGCCGGCCCACCUCGUCAAGUGGUACUAUGGAGAAGAAGGUCCAACCAAGUAUAACCAUUGCGUACUAUCUCUGUAAUGAUCCUAUUCCAUAUAGGACAAGCUUACCUGGAUCUGAGAUUACUCUGAGACAGUUCAAGGCUCUCAUCUCAAAGAAGGGUACUUACAGGUACACAUUUAAGAUGCCAAGCACUGAAUUUGAAUCUGGAGUAGUUCAUCAGAUCUUAGUAGACGAUGAUGCAGUAUUGCCUCUGUAUGAAGGGAAAGUGGUAGGCAAAGUGGAGUCAGUGGAUGACAACUAAACAUGUUACCAUGGCAACCAAACCAAUCCUAAAUGCAAGAUGACGUAACAAAGAGGGAUGUCAACUUACAUGAACUAUGCACACCUCUCUGGAUAUCAAUUGAUACAUCGUCAUGACAACAAUGGAUUGGAAUUUCUUCAUAUGGCAAAAAGAAAAACCAAGAUGGACUUGAUAGGAUUUUCAGCUACAUAUUUUCUACAAGAAAAAAAAACUUAUGAAACAGGAUAUAGUAAUAACUUUUUAUACUUGAUGAUAUUUUAUCACUGUAGCAUCUUUCUCAGGCGACUUAACACAAGGAAUUUGAGCAAGGUUUUUUUCCCUGCUAUUCUCAGUAACCAUGAUGAAGGGUGAAGCUGUUUCCUGGUGUUAUAUUGAAUAUAUCUUCUUUUUUUAUAAAUAUAUCUUGAUUUAUUGGGAUUGGGUCUCAUUGAAUUAAAUCAUGCUCAUACUUUGGUAUGAUAUUUAUACAAAGUUUGACAUACUUUGACAUGAUAUUUAUACAAAUCUAACUGAUUAUUGGGUUGAGUCGGAGGAUAUCAUUCCAUUACAUAACACACAUGACCACCUGGUUCCAGUAGACAAUAGGUUUACCCAUCAAUUCCUGACUUUGGUGAUUCCCACAGGCAUUGUACAGAGAUCACAUGCUUCCAUUAGACAAUGGGAUAAGUUUGAAUUAAUUGUACACUUCUAUCUGUAACUGUGUUCAUGCCUUGUAUGAUGAUGCUGUGGGAAAUGUGCCAUAUUUUAUUAAAUCAGAUUGUUAAAUACAUUUUGCGCUUUGGAAUUACAAUUUGAAUUUUGACUGAGCCAUUU